UGACAAGAACUAAUGGAGUCACGUCCACUGUCACACCAGCUUAAGGUAGCUCACUACACUAAAGCUAAUACUCUGUAUAACACUACGUCACAAGAUGGCGAAAAAUGCUUUGUGGAAUUAUUUGUAUCGAUUGAUUUGUUCGUAGCUCAGUGGUUAAAUCAUUGGGCUGAUGAACUGCAAAUCUCGAAUUCAAAUCCGCCAGAAUCUUUAAAGUUGUUCAUAUGUGUUGAAAUAAAUUUUUGAAAAUCAUGUUUUUAUCCAAAUUUGCAUAUUUUCUGCCUUUUUGACAUAUAUCAUCAUGUCUUUUAUGAUUAAAUCAAUUCGUACUGAUUUGAGAAACUAUUUCAGGGUAUAGUGAGCCACCUUAAAGUUUAUUACUUCAAAGUUUCUUAUUUUUGUAGACAACACUCAUUAAAACUUUUAGCAUAGUAAUACCACAAUCAUAAUAGCUAAAUUAUUCAUGAUCACCUACAUUUCACAGUUUAUUGACUUGGUUAAAGACUUAAACCUAAUUAUAAAUUUGUCUUUUUUCCAGGUCUAGUCUUUGUACCUGAAUAGUUUGAUAAAUUUCCAACCAUUCCUAUCCUGGUUCCUCAAUUUUCCCCUUUACCAUAACCUACAUAAUGAACUUUGAAUAUUGUUGCGGUCCAGUAAUUUUUGCAGCCAGUAGGAGACUGAUGUGUUGCCAUGCAAUACUCUCAGAAUGCUUGUUUGAUUGAAAUUUUUAGGAAUGAAAUUUCACUUUUGAAGGCACCACCAAAUAUUUAUUAUAUACCAAACUUCAUAACCGAGGAAGAGGAACAGUACCUACUACAUCAGGUUAAUUCUGCACCAAAGCCAAAAUGGACACAACUUUCCAACAGAAGAUUACAGAAUUGGGGUGGCUUGCCUCAUCCAAAGGGUAUGGUGGCCGAAGAAAUACCACAGUGGCUGAAAAUUUACACAGAAAAAGUAGCAGCCUUGGGGUUAUUUGGUGACAAAAUGCCGAACCAUAUCCUAGUCAAUGAGUACCUGGCUGGACAAGGAAUUAUGCCACAUGAGGAUGGUCCUCUCUUUUUCCCAGUCGUCUCCACAAUAAGUCUGGGGUCCCAUACAGUGCUAGAGUUUUAUCGCCCACUUAAUGCAAAGAAUGAGUACAGGGAGGAUGUGCCUGAACAAACUUCCUUUGACGACCGUUUUGUGACCUCCAUUUUGCUGGAACCAAGAAGUCUUGUGUUUGUGUGUGAUGAUAUGUAUAAAACUUAUUUACAUGGAAUAAGUGAACGGACUUUUGACACAAUCACAGAAUCCAUAGCCAACAUUGAAUUGUGUGAGAUGGCCAAAUCAGUGAAUGACAAAUUAACAAGGACUUCCAGAGUGUCAUUAACUAUUAGACAUGUUCCAAAAGUGUUGAAAGCUAAGAUCAUGUUUGGUAAAAAGUAAAAUUUCCUCUUUUAUUACUUCAUUUUCAUUGAGGGUUUCAAGUUAUUUAGAUUAUGUUUGCCCAUCCACUUUUCAAUGACAUUCUGUAAUGUUUUCACAUUUCAACUUAUUCCUUAGAGUUAUUGGGCCAUUUGUGCCAGUUUUCAGUGCUCAAGAAAUCUUGGAUGCAGGGGCCUUCAAGUUUGCUCAAAAUGAAGGUACAAACCAUAUCUCCUGAGAUGCAAGAAUAAGUAGCGAAAAUAUGGUGAGAUAUUGAUUUGAAACUUUACUGAUGACAAGUCUAGAAUUUGAUAUACAUGCAACAAGUGAAGAUUGGGCAAUGUCAGGAUCUGAUUCUGGACUUUAUCUCGAGCUAGUUGACAACUGUUCAUGUCAAUGAAGCAUCCUCAUAGAGUGUAGAUCAUUUGCUUAUGGAACUUGGGUCACCUGUGUAAAGUUUUAUAUAGAAACAGGAAAAAAUGAUAUAAACGUCUACUUGAAUCUGAUUAAAACAUUUUUGUUAUGCAA